CAAAGAUUACACUGUUUUUAUUGAUAAAUUUUGCAGUAAAAAAUUAUAAAAACUGAAAUUUUCUAUUGCUGUAAUAUAAAACGUUUUCAAAUUCUUUACCGAUACAUACUGAUAUUCGAGAUUUGGUGAUAAUACAAUGAAAUCGCGAGAUUUUCAUGCUAAGGUAUGCAACAUUUUAUUGUUCGUUAUAAUUUUAGAAUCGAACUUGCUACGAGAUGUGAAUGCUCAAGAAGAAGUUGGAGAAAAUAUCUUUCAGUGCAUAAUGACUCAAUUAUGCGAAUGUGCAAGUGACUUUAUGCAUGAUUAUAACGAAUGUUGGUCUAAGCUUCCUGAUGAAGUGAGAGUAAAAUCGAGGACAUCGGUGCAUGAGGUCAUGCCGGAUGUAAAUAUUCAAGAAGAUUUAAAUGAAUAUCCAGAUAAGGUUUGCAAGGCACCAACAGACACAGCCUAUGCUGCUGUUAAUGCUGCUUUUUGGACCAUCAUGACCUAUGAGAAAUCAUUGAGCAAGUUUGAUGUGAGGAAGGUUUUCAAAGUUCAGGAAGCCAAGCUUUGUAUAAUGCCUCUGAUGGUCAGAUGUUCUACGGUGGAUAUAGGCUGCGAAUAG